AUGGCUCGCAAAUUCUUCGUUGGCGGAAACUUCAAGAUGAAUGGAACAUCUAAAUCAAUCACCGACAUCAUUACCAACCUCAACAAUGCUAAGCUCGACGCCAACACCGAAGUGGUUAUCUCUCCUCCGGCCAUCUAUCUUCUCCUCGCCCGCAGCAAAGCAGACUCUAAAAUCGGAGUUGCUGCACAGAACGUCUUUGAUAAGCCAAACGGUGCUUUCACUGGAGAGCUUAGCGUCGAUCAAUUGAAGGAUUCUGAGAUCACCUGGACUUUGACUGGACACAGUGAGAGAAGGGUUAUUCUUAAGGAGGAUGACGACUUUGUUGCACGCAAGACGAAGGCCGCCGUGGAGGGUGGAUUGAACGUCAUUGUCUGCAUCGGAGAGUCCCUCGAGGAGCGAGAGGCCAACAAGACCGUUGAAGUUGUUACCCGACAACUACAAGCUAUCGCUGACAAGGUCACUGAACAGCAAUGGUCCAACAUUGUCAUUGCUUAUGAACCCAUCUGGGCUAUCGGAACCGGAAAGGUCGCUACUACUGAGCAAGCUCAAGAAGUCCACGCUUCUAUCCGUGAGUGGCUUUGCAAGACCGUUUCUCCCGCUGUCUCUGAGGCUACCCGUGUUAUCUAUGGAGGAAGUGUCAACGAGAAGAACUGCGCUGAAUUGGCUAAGCAGAAGGACGUUGACGGAUUCUUGGUUGGAGGCGCCAGCUUGAAGCCUGCCUUUGUCGACAUUAUCAACUCCCGCUUGUAA